UAAAAUUUUUUCCAAGAUUAAGGCAAGGGUGAACACACAAAAAAGUUGUAAUUUAAGGGUGCGCUUUACCUCAGCUCGGAAAUCUGAGCUCGGGCUUCAGUAGCUAUGUUUCACCAUUGGACAGCGCUGCGAGAAGCACUUGCAGACGUUUCCAAGAUUACUGUUUUAGAAUUAACUAAUAAUGAUAGCUACGCACUCUAAACAGCUUAUAGUAGUACAAAGACCAAUCCAUAGUUCUGCGUUUUUCAAAUGUUAAAAAAACGUUUUUCUGUUUUAAGUUAAGGCUAGUCGAAAAGACCCUUUUUUCUUGUACUACAACUCAAGUUUAUAAGGUGUGUAUUUAAAAUAAUUGAAAUAUAGAAACAAAGAACUAUAGAAAAUUUCAUCCUCUUUAAUAUGAGACCUUAACUUUGAUUCUACCUUCAAUGUAGCAGGUGAAGCAGAAAUCUUGCAAACCCUUGCAUUCGGUUGCACGUCAGGGGUAAAGCGCGCCCUUAAGAAACUAUUUACAAAUAAUGCGGUUAUUGUGAGCUCGGCAACGCCUUAAUUUUGGCCGAAUUUUGAUGAUCGAAGUGUCAAAUCAAAUUGCUGGAAAUUUGGUCAAGAUUUUAUGAAUAUCCGUUAUAUUGACCUUAUGUGAAUACGCUUUGCUUUGUUUAGCAUUUAUUUUACAUACAAAAUAAUUUACAUAUAUUCCUAAUUGAGGGAGUUAAUUGAUAAGAUAUCCUACUAAUUUAUUAUAUCUUGUAAAUGGUUGAACCGAAAUAGUUACAUACUUUUCUUCUAGGAAAUUUAAUCUUCUUUAUUAAUUUCCUAAUUCAAUAUAGUAUACACAACCCAUAAAAAUGACACCUUAAAUCCAAGAUGGUGGCCAUUUCCUGACCCCCCACCCUCCAGGCUUUUUGGUGUGUUAAGAUAGACACCUAGGAGGACAUUUUAAAGCAAUUUCUGGGACUAAAAGAUUUUUUUUUAAUUUUUUAAGGCAUUUAAUGACCUGACUAAAUACAUUAGGCCUACAGGUUAUUAGCUCAUUUGUUUAUGAAUAUGUAUUAAUAAAGUUAGAACAAAAAUUAUAUAUUUCCAACACCAGUAUUUAUAUGUCAGGGAGACAAGAAUUAAUAAGUGCAUAGUUUUUGUUACUAAACCAUAAUCAUAUCUGUGAUUUUAAAUAUGUGAUGAACACUUGCUCACAUGUAACCCCGUUAUUAUUUUUACCUCAUUAAUUUAAAGAAUUGUUACAGUUUUUGUUAAAUCAUUAAUGUACCAUAUUUUAUUGUAUUGAUUGUAUUGUUAUGGUAAUUGUUAUAUGUGCAUAUAUUUUUAUACUCUGCAUAAACUUUCUUCACAACUAUACCGGCUGUAUUGUAUAUGAUUCCCUUAAAUAAAAUAUCACUUAUAUUCCAUACCAACUAACCAGUAUAGCUACAUAUGAAAACUGUAGCUGAGUCUCGCCUUUAAAUCUGAAAGUAACUUGUUUGAUUGAAACAAAAUUCGAUUCUGGACCGAGGUACAAAUUAUUGUCAUUGGGCUAUCACUAUUGAUCAUAUCUAACAAAAAAUUGAUGUUAAAUAGCAAAUUUACACAUGCAUAAAUAAAUUUUAGAAGUAAUGCUAAGCAAUUAAGCGAAGUAAUGAAACCUUGCUGUCUUGAGUGUCAAAAAGGAUUACAUGAAGCCCUACUCAUCUUGAGACAUUCAGUUGUCAAGAUGGUUUCUAAGGUUUUCAACUGGCUCACUACAAUAUUCUAUUUCUACCUAACUUACCGAGGAAUCAGUCUGAUAUUUUUAGAAUGUGAUGAACACAAGUACAAAAGUAUAAUUUAUCAGUAUGGGUUAGAGAAUAAGCACAAAUAUUUGAGCAUUUGGGUAUCAUUUCUACAAACACUAUACUUUGUUAUUGUUUCGUUUUCCGACAUUGUCAACUGCUUGCCCUCCGUGUUUGUCUGUCCUCGAUGGUCCCAGUACUCUACCAAUGCAAGACAUUAUCUGCUCACUUCCCUUGUUCUGCCUCUAACGCUGUACAUAUUCACUGUGUUCUGGACGUUCUACUUGUACGAUCGGGAGGUGAUCUACCCAGAGCUAUUUGAUCGGUUUAUUCCUCCUUGGUUGAAUCAUGCGAUGCAUUCUCUUCCCGUCCCCAUUCUGUUGGUUCAUCUGAUCCUCGGACCCAAUCACAACCCUUCUAGGACAUCCGCCCUCGUGGGACUGUCGCUGCUGUUUGUGGUUUAUGGAGUUGUUUUUGGUGCAUCGGUUCUGAAGGGUAACUGGGUUUAUCUUCUGUUCAACAAUCUCAACCCCUCACAAAGAAUGUUCCUACUCACUAUCAGCUACCCCUUGACUAUUGUCUUUCUCACAAUCAGCCGAGGACUUAACAGCUUUGUUAAACGGACCAAGGAAAAAUAUGCAGUCAAAGAAAAGGGUAGCCAAUGA